AUGUCCACCGAACGCGUUCAAGCCCCCGACCAACUCCCCUGGGAUCCAACCUGCACGCGGUUCCCCACCCGCAAGGAACUGCCCAAGAUCCCUGGUGCGCCGAAGGAUGCGGCGUGGGCAUGGGGGAAGGAUGACGAGCUCGGACGCCUGAACCUGCUGACCCCGGCGCGAGUCAAAGCCGCGGCGGCGGAGAUCAAACUGGGGGAGAUGAUUCGACUGGAUCUCCCGCUGCACAUCCCCGAGACGCCAGGGUUCGACCGCGAGCCCUUUGAGCACCGUAUCAAAGAGGUAGUCGAGGACCUAGUCUACGACGACACGUAUAGUUUGAACACGCAGAGCGGGACUCAAUGGGAUGGAUUCCGCCAUUUCGCCCACCUAGAAACCAAACUCUUCUACAACGGGACAACCUCCGCCUCCAUCAAACCUCACCCCAACCCCAACCCCAGCACCACAGACCCAAAACACAAAUGCAGCAUCCACCACCUCGCAACCCAGGGGAUCGCCUCGCGCGCAAUCCUCCUAGACUACAGACACCACCACCUAACAACGCACCCAGACGACCCCUACAACCCAUACACCAGCCACGCCAUCACGCUCUCAGACCUGCAGUCCUGCGCAAAAGCCCAAGGCGUGAACCUCCUCCCCGCAUCGCAAGGCGGCGACAUCCAACCCGGCGACAUCCUGCUGGUGCGCUCCGGCUUCGUGGAGGCGUACCACCGGCUGGACCCCGCCGCGCGAACCGCCGCAGCGCACCGCUCGCAUGCGGACCUCGCGUGGGCGGGGCUGAGUCAGGAUGAGGACAUGUUGACCUGGUUGCAUGAUUGUUAUUUCGCGGCUGUGGCGGGCGACUCGCCGACGUUUGAGUGUUGGCCGCCUGUGCGGGCGGAGGGGAGGGGGUUUAUGCAUCAGGAGCUGUUGGCGUGUUGGGGGAUGAUGAUCGGCGAGAUGUGGGAUUUGGAACGGUUGGCAAGGAGGUGUAGGGAGUUGGGCCGGUGGACUGUGUUUGUGACCAGUGCGCCGGCUAUGGUGUUUGGAGGCGUUGGGUCGCAUGCUAAUGCUACUGCUAUAUUGUGAGUUAAAUACCUCGCUGGAUGAUGG